AUGAAGCGAGACUAUCAACGUAUGCUUGACCAAACUCCAAUGCCACUGAACAUGGACGGCAUCGCAUACCACGACUUCACCUCAGGACAUUACUACUCGCCUCCGUUGCAACCGCCUCAGCAGAUCCUCUUCAGCAACCCCUUCCCAGCUCAAGGCGAAUACGUGUCUGAAGGCUAUAUCCCAUCGUCUGAAGCCGGAUUCUACGCAGGCCCUCGCUCGCUCUCGGAACCUUUCAUCCAUCAACCAGGCGACUCGUUCGGUCAGAGCUCGAAUAGCAGUGUCUCCUCGUCGUGCAGUGUCUCGAUUGCUCCAACGACCCCACCGCCUCCAACGUUCAGCAGUGGUCCGACUAAGUUUCCCGCUGUCCCCAUCACGCCCAGUCAUCAUGUGCCGAGACAGAAGGCGAAGAGGACUGCGACUGCCUGCGAAGAAUGUCGAAAGCGCAAGCAGAAGUGUGACGGUGAAAGCCCUUGCCAGGCUUGCAAGGAGCAGAAACUCGACUGUCGCUAUCGCGAGGUCUCGCCUACAAAGAAGGACAACUCUAUUGAACGCCUCGUUGCCCUCGUCGAAGGCAGCUCGAAGUCUAUCGAUGCCCUGAACCAACGCCUCGACGAGAUGAACGCCAUGAUGCGUGUGAUCCAAAACCGGCUCAGCCGUUGCUUCCAGUGCGGAUCGAAGGUCGAACUGGAGACGGGUCAUUGCAACUCGUGCCAGCCGGUUCAGUGUCGCUUGUAG